AUGGCCAAGAGACUCCUUCUCACGGCUGCUCUGGCAGCCACCACGUUGGCAGCCCCUGUCAUCGAGGAACGCCAAAACUGCGGCUCUGUCUGGAGCCAAUGUGGCGGCCAAGGCUGGACCGGCGCGACCUGCUGUGCCUCGGGCAGCACUUGCGUUGCCCAGAACCAGUGGUAUUCGCAAUGUCUUCCUGGCAGCCAGGUGACCACCACGGCGCAGGCCCCUUCUUCUACCCGCACCACCACCAGCAGCUCCAGCCGCCCGACUAGCUCCAGCAUCUCGACCUCUGCUGUCAACGUGCCCACCACCACCACCAGCGCGGGGGCAUCCGUGACGGUUCCUCCCGGCGGCGGUGCCUCGUCCACGGCUAGCUACUCGGGCAACCCCUUUCUGGGUGUCCAGCAGUGGGCCAACAGCUACUACUCGUCCGAGGUGCACACCCUGGCGAUUCCCAGUCUCACCGGGCCCAUGGCCACCAAGGCGGCCGCCGUGGCCAAGGUUCCCAGCUUCCAGUGGAUGGACAGGAACGUGACGGUCGACACUCUCUUCUCCGGCACCCUGGCCGACAUUCGUGCCGCCAACAGGGCCGGUGCCAACCCUCCCUACGCCGGCAUCUUUGUCGUCUACGACCUCCCCGAUCGUGACUGCGCUGCUGCCGCUUCCAACGGCGAGUGGGCCAUCGCUGAUGGCGGCGCUGCUAAGUACAAGGCUUACAUUGACCGCAUCCGUCACCAUCUCGUCCAGUAUUCCGACAUCCGCACCAUCCUUGUCAUCGAGCCCGACUCGCUCGCCAACAUGGUGACCAACAUGAACGUGCCCAAGUGCCAGGGUGCCGCCAACACCUACAAGGAGCUCACAGUCUACGCCCUCAAGCAGCUGAACCUGCCCAACGUCGCCCUGUACCUCGACGCCGGUCACGCCGGCUGGCUUGGCUGGCCAGCCAACAUUGGCCCCGCUGCUGAGCUCUUUGCUGGCAUCUACAAGGACGCUGGCAGGCCCACCUCUCUCCGCGGCCUCGCUACCAAUGUUGCCAACUACAACGGCUGGAGCUUGUCGUCAGCUCCUUCGUACACCACCCCCAACCCCAACUUUGACGAGAAGCGCUUUGUCCAGGCCUUCAGCCCCCUCCUCACUGCUGCCGGCUUCCCCGCCCACUUCAUUACUGACACUGGCCGUUCCGGAAAGCAGCCGACCGGCCAGCUCGAGUGGGGCCACUGGUGCAAUGCCAUCGGCACUGGCUUCGGCCCCCGCCCGACCACCGACACUGGACUCGACAUUGAGGACGCCUUUGUCUGGAUCAAGCCCGGUGGAGAGUGCGACGGCACCAGCGACACUACGGCUGCCCGCUAUGAUCACCACUGCGGCUUCGCCGAUGCCCUCAAGCCUGCCCCCGAGGCCGGCCAGUGGUUCCAAGCCUACUUUGAGCAGCUCCUCACCAACGCCAACCCUCCUUUCUAAACUCGACUCCAAAGGGAAGAAGAGAGAGAGAGAGGGAGAGACAGCAUGGCUCUGGACAAGCGGGAUGAAGUGGAAGAAAAGCUUUUAGAGUUGUUGGUGGUUUAAAUUUGAGGGAGAGUUCAUGUUCUCGUUGUACAUAUUUAGUUACCUAGAUACAUGCAUUGAUAUGUAUAUAGUCUCAUGCCCAGACAGCCCGAAUGGGGCAUGUUGGGCUGCUGGGAGACAUCGAAAUAGAUUGUAUAUGCCU